UGCGGGCAGCCGCGCUUUGCCGGCGGCGAGCAGCGCAGAAAACGUGGCUCGACUCAGCAGUAGGUCGGGUAAAUCUACAGUAGGCUGCUCGUCUGCUCCUUGGUGCGGGGGGGAAAGGAGAAGACUUGUUUUCAGCCAUAGGCUGAAGAUAAGAGGCUGUGUGAGGAAGGCGAAGCCUCUGUCCUGCAGCGAUAGGCAAAUGACACGUGUCAAGCCCGAGAGAUACUGCUCAGGGAAAGGAGCCUGCAGUGCUGUGAGCUGUGUUGGGGAGUGCUUAGAGCAGCGAUGGCAGAAACUUCAUUUCCUGAGCAGGAUAUGUUUUGGAGUUGCAGACAAAGUACCUUUGCUGAAAUGAAGAAGAAAUUUUCACAGGUGGAAAGUGCUGCUGAGGAGCCCAGAGUGCUGUGUAUAAUACAAGAUACCACAAAUUCGAAGACAGUGAAUGAACGCAUUACCUUGAAUGUGCCAGCUUCCACACCACUUAAAAAGCUGUUUGAAGACAUAGCUUCAAAAGUGGGCUAUGUGAAUGGAACCUUUGAUUUAGUGUGGGGAAAUGGAGACAAUGUAACUGAUAUGACUCCAAUAGAUCAGAACAGUGACAAAAGUAUUCUUGAUGCUGGAUUUGAACCAGGGAAGAAGAACUUUCUGCAUUUGACAGACAAAGAUGGUGAGCAACCUCAUAUAAUGCAGGAGGAGUCAGGUACAACAGAGGACAGUACCCACGACAGAUUUAUCGGUCCUCUUCCAAGAGAUGGCUCUAUUAGCUGUACCAAUGACUAUGUCAGUCAAAGCUACUCUUACUCUUCAGUCCUGAGCAAGUCAGAGACAGGUUAUGUGGGUCUGGUAAACCAAGCCAUGACUUGCUAUCUGAACAGCCUUUUGCAAACACUUUUCAUGACUCCUGAAUUUAGAAAUGCAUUAUAUAAAUGGGAAUUUGAGGAAUCUGAAGAGGAUCCUGUGACAAGUAUCCCUUACCAGCUUCAAAGGCUGUUUGUUUUACUGCAGACCAGCAAGAAAAGAGCAAUUGAAACAACAGAUGUUACACGGAGUUUUGGAUGGGAUAGUAGUGAGGCAUGGCAGCAACAUGAUGUACAGGAGCUUUGUAGAGUUAUGUUUGAUGCUUUGGAGCAAAAAUGGAAGCAAACAGAGCAGGCCGAUCUUAUAAAUCAGCUGUAUCAAGGCAAACUGAAAGACUAUGUACGGUGUCUAGAAUGUGGCUAUGAAGGCUGGAGAAUCGACACGUACCUGGAUAUUCCUUUGGUCAUCCGUCCAUAUGGCUCCAACCAGGCAUUUGCUAGCGUGGAGGAAGCAUUGCAUGCUUUCAUUCAGCCAGAGAUUCUUGACGGCCCCAAUCAGUAUUUUUGUGAGCGAUGUAAGAAGAAAUGUGAUGCAAGGAAGGGCCUGCGGUUCUUGCAUUUUCCGUAUCUUUUGACAUUACAACUGAAGAGAUUUGACUUUGAUUAUACCACUAUGCACAGAAUUAAACUGAAUGAUCGUAUGACUUUUCCUGAGGAGUUAGACAUGAGUAUCUUCAUUGAUGUUGAAGAUGAGAAGUCUCCUCAGACUGAGAGUUGCACUGAUAGUGGAGCAGAAAAUGAAGGCAGUUGUCACAGUGACCAGAUGAGCAAUGAUUUUUCUAAUGAUGAUGGAGUUGAUGAAGGAAUCUGCCUCGAAAGCAACAGUGCAGCAGAAAGAAUUGCUAAAGUUGGCAGUGAAAAGAAUUCUUCACUGUAUGAACUCUUUUCUGUUAUGGUCCAUUCUGGAAGUGCUGCUGGUGGCCAUUACUAUGCCUGUAUAAAGUCUUUUAGUGACGACCAGUGGUACAGCUUUAAUGAUCAACAUGUUAGCAAGAUAACUCAGGAAGAUAUUAAGAAAACAUAUGGUGGGUCUUCUGGAAGCAGAGGCUAUUAUUCCAGUGCUUUUGCUAGCUCCACAAAUGCAUAUAUGCUAAUAUAUAGACUGAAGGAUCCAGCGAGGAAUGCAAAGUUUCUUGAGUCACACGAGUAUCCUGACCAUAUUAAGCAAUUGGUACAGAAAGAGAGAGAAUUGGAAGAGCAAGAAAAGAGGCAACGGGAAAUUGAGCGCAACACUUGCAAGAUUAAAUUGUUCUGUAUGCAUCCAACAAAACAGAUAAUGAUGGAGAACAAAUUAGAAGUUCAUAAGGAUAGAACACUAAAGGAGGCUGUGGGAAUAGCUUACAAGCUGAUGGAUUUAGAAGAGGCCGUCCCUUUAGAUUGCUGUCGUCUUGUCAAAUACGAUGAGUUCCAUGAUUACUUGGAACGAUCUUACGAAGGAGAAGAAGAUACACCAAUGGGUUUAUUACUUGGAGGUGUCAAAUCAACGUACAUGUUUGACUUACUGUUAGAAACAAGAAGACCUGACCAAAUUUUCCAGUGCUAUAAGCCUGGUGAGGUCAUGGUAAAAGUUCACGUAGUGGACCUGAAGACUGAAUCUGUUGUUCCUCCAAUAAGUGUACGAGCUUAUUUGAAUCAGACAGUUUCAGAAUUCAAACAGCUAAUUUCAAAGGCUACGCAUCUGCCAUCUGAAACAAUGCGGGUAGUAUUAGAACGUUGCUACAAUGAUUUGCGUCUUCUGAAUGUCCCCAGCAAAACACUGAAAGCUGAAGGCUUUUUUAGAAGCAAUAAGGUAUUUAUUGAAAGCUCAGAGUCUUUAGAUCGUCAUGUGGCAUAUACAGAUUCUCACUUAUGGAAACUUCUGGAUCGUCAUGCAAAUACAAUCAGACUGUAUGUCUCGUUACCAGAGAAGUCGCCUGGAUCUCAGUUUAGACAAUCCGUUUAUCAGAAGGCUAGUGGAGAUUUGGGCAACUUGGAUGAAGCCUGUGAAAGGGUAAAAGGACCUGCAGGCAACAUGAAAUCUGUUGAGGCAAUUCUGGAAGAAAGCACUGAGAAGCUUAAAAGUUUGUCCCUGCAGCAGCAGCAACAGGAAGGUGAUAAUGGAGACAGCAGCAAAAGCACAGAAGCCAGCGAUUUUGAAAAUAUCGAAUCCCCUUCAAAUGAAAUAGACUCUUCAGCAUCAGUAGAAAACAGAGAACUUGAAAACCAGAUUCAGGUUUCUGAUCCAGAGAAUCUCCAGUCUGAGGAACGGUCAGAUUCAGAUGUAAAUAAUGACAGGAGUACGAGUUCGGUGGACAGUGAUAUCCUCAGUUCUAGUCAUAGCAGUGAUACUCUAUGCAAUGUGGACAAUGCCCCGAUUCCCUUGGCUAAUGGACUUGAUUCUCAUAGUAUCACAAGUAGUAGGCGAUCAAAAGCAAAUCAGGGGAAGAAAGAAACCUGGGACACAGCAGAAGAAGAUUCUGGAACAGACAGUGAAUAUGAUGAAAGCGGCAAGAGUAGAGAAGAAACACAAUAUGUGUACUUCAAGUCAGAACCCUACACUGCAGAUGAAGGUUCAGGAGAAGGGCAGAAAUGGUUGAUGGUGCAUGUUGAUAAAAGAAUUACACUGUCUGCCUUCAAGCAACAGUUGGAGCCUUUUGUUGGAGUUCCAUCCUCUCACUUUAAAGUCUUUAGAGUUUACGCCAGCAAUCAAGAGUUUGAGAGUGUUCGGCUCAAUGAGACACUUUCAUCAUUUUCUGAUGACAACAAGAUAACUAUUAGACUUGGAAGAGCGCUUAAGAAGGGUGAAUACAGAGUCAAAGUCUAUCAGCUUUUGGUAAAUGAACCAGAGCCAUGCAAGUUUCUUCUAGAUGCAGUUUUUGCUAAGGGAAUGACCGUCCGACAGUCCAAAGAGGAGCUACUUCCUCAGCUUCGAGAACAGUGUGGCCUGAACUUAACAAUUGACAGGUUUCGUCUACGGAAGAAAACCUGGAAGAACCCAGGGACUGUGUUUCUGGAUUAUCAUAUCUAUGAAGAAGAUAUCAAUAUUUCAAGCAAUUGGGAAGUUUUCCUAGAAAUACUUGAUGGAAUAGAAAAGAUGAAAUCCAUGUCACAACUUGCAGUUUUAUCAAGACGAUGGAGACCAUCAGAGAUGAAGCUAGAUUCUUUCCAGGAAGUAGUGCUAGAAAGUAGCGGUGUUGAGGAAUUAAAAGAGAAGCUGAGUGAAUUAAGCGGAAUACCCUUAGAAAAUAUUGAGUUUGCGAAGGGUAGAGGAACGUUUCCAUGCGACAUUUCUGUCCUAGAGAUUCAUCAAGACUUGGACUGGAAUCCUAAAGUAUCUACAUUGAAUGUCUGGCCUCUGUACAUUUGUGACGACGGUGCAGUAAUAUUUUAUAGGGAUAAAACCGAAGAAUUAAUGGAAUUAACAGAUGAACAGAGAAACGAACUGAUGAAAAAAGAAAGCAGCAGACUCCAGAAAACUGGACACCGGGUAACCUACUCUCCUCGUAAAGAGAAAGCACUAAAAAUUUAUCUGGAUGGAGCACCAAAUAAAGAUUUGACUCAAGACUGAUAUUUGCUAUAGCAUUUUCCCUGGGGAAUUUUUUUUUUGUUUAAAAUAAGAAGGUUCACUACUACUGUGUAGUGCCAUUACGGCAGGACGCUCAUUAGGUGUAAAGCGCUGACACCAGCACUGAUUGGGCUGUGCUACCAAUCAGCAGCGCAGUGCCCUGUUGGGUCGCUGUUUGACUUGGAAUCAUGUUGUGCACUAUAGUCAAAUGUACUGUAAAGCUAAAAGGGAUGUGCAAAUAAAAGAUUAGAACUAAAAAAUGGGUGGGGAGGGAAAUGAGUGGAAAUUUUUGAGGACAGUGUGCACAUAGUAGCUAGUGAAACUAGCCUCAAACAGGAUACUCAUAGCUUAAUAAUAAAAGCUGUGCAAAGGCCAUGAAAGAAUCCUUUUUUGUUUGUUUCACUGAUACACGCAUUACCUCAUCAGAAAGUCUGAAGCAUGUGUUAACACCUUGGUUCUAAAAAGCAGCAGGAAGGGGUUGAAGAUGUGAUGGAAGUGAUGGAGUUGUAAGGUCUGCGAAUAUUCUUUCACGAAACAGGCGGUGUUAGAGGUUUGUCUGAAGCGGCCAGCAGGUGUUGGUUCUUUUUGCAGAAGCGCUGUUGUAAGGUAAACUGGUUUUUAGCAGGUUACAGAAGCUGGUGAGCAGCUCUAUAUUUCAUCCAGUGUGUAAAUAAAAUUUGCCCUGUCCACUUAACAGAACUGCAGUUCAGCUAUUUUCCAUGGUAUUUCUUUUCACAUAUCACCAUCCAUUGAGUUUGAAAUUGUAGUUGCCUAUUUAAAUUUGUAUUCAUUUUGUCUGACAGUGCUGGGUACUUUAGGGUUGUAUUUCCCCUUGUUAAUUAAGCUUUCAUUCUGUUUAGCAACUUUUUUGUACAUUUUGUUUUUGAGACUAUUACAAGUUUGCGUUUUCUCCACCCAUUGAAAUUCGUAUUCCAUUUGCCUGGAUUUGAUUCCACAGCUAUAUGUAGUUAAGUACUGGGGCAACCUUUAACAUCUCAACAUAUAAACUUGGUAGUUCAGGUUGUGGUGGAGAGACUGAUGCAGUCAACAUGAUUUCCUUGCGAAGCCUAGGAACAGCAAUUUUUUUGCUUUGGUCCAUAAAGAUCAAUAGAGAACAGUUCUCCUUAGUUUUCGGAAAACCACCUAAUUUAUAACAAUCAAACGAUUUUGGUAAACUUUUUCAUGCCAGAUGCUGUUUACAACAGUGAACAUGCCAAUAAAACAUUUGUUCAUUCUGUUGUGUUUUAUUCAUUAAA